AAUAGUAGCGGUUUAGUUCAAAUUGCGUGGGUCUUCUUGUGCGUAGCGGCAAAUUGUAUUGAAAUUGAAAACAUUGGGACUGCAGUUUGUGGGUUGACCAUAAAGCCGCACAUCUUCCGAUAAGAAGCGACUUUACAAUCGCCUCUAUUCAUUUCAAUUGGAGCCAAUUUUUCGGGCAUGCUGGGAUAGCUGGUGAGGCGAGUGGAGGAGCUACCUUGAAGGGAGAACAUGGUGCGAUAACCAAUCAGAUUAAAGAUUUGACGUGUAAACGGUGUUCGAUUUCAAAUUUUAUUGAAAAUACGAUCAAUAUGCUUUGAACGAACACUGUUUUAAAAAUUCAAAACACGCACACAAGCUGUUGAUUGUGUGAGGGGAGGGCGAUGCCAGGCGAACUUGUCGGAGGACGUGUGGCUUUACCCUGACACGGUGAAGGCACACAAACAUUCAGUUAAACGUUCAGUUCCCUAGCCGUGGCCCUACUGCUUUAUAUGACAGCUAUACUUAACCAGUUUUUGAUAAUCAGUCACUGACUAGACAUAUUACUGUGGAAGAAAAGCCACCCGCAUCUGUUAUUUAUUGUGUUUGACAAGGCUGCAUGAAUCAUCAUGACAUUUUUAUGAAUGAGUAAUGUUAAUGAAUUAAUAAUGCCAGUGGAAGCUACGCUGUGCUUUCGAAAGAGUCGAACUCCACAUCGAACUUCAAGGAAUGCGGUAUUUUAUUUCUUGUUGGGUCUUUUCAUUUUUAAAAAGCAUUUUACACUUCCACAAAUGUCACAAGCAUGCACAUGUGUGUAAGGACUGACGUAAAGUACCGUAAAACUGGGAUAGACUCUACCUCCACCCUCCUCAAUUCCCAUCCCAUGUUAUCUGCGGCGUACAAUGGGUUAUUCAUGUAAACAUUCCCUGUUUACAUCUGAAAAGAAAAGCCGUCUGGAAAGAUGCCAGGGGGAAGGAGGACUGCGCAAGACGCAAUUCCAACGGGUCGCAAGUGGCUCGUAACCUCGAAAGCAACCCCGCGCUGCACUCCGGAAAACGCUUCUCACGACGUCUCAGUGUUGGCGACAGCUCCAAGAGCGGAGGAGGGAAGGAACUAAUUGUUACGACCUUCUGUAGGAAGACCUGCAUCAUGUAUGGGAAGAAAACAAACAAACAGGAAAACUGGGAUUAAGAUCAGCAUCCCUGUUCACGUUCCUCUUGCUGACGGCGUCACAAAUAUUCUGGGCAAAACCAAUGUGGGCGUGUCCAGGUUCCAGUGUGCCCAGAUGACCAAUCAGGUGCUCGAGAGCAUCAGCAUCAUCGACACACCUGGAAUCCUGUCAGGGGCCAAACAGAAAGUGAGCAGAGGCUAUGACUUCUCGGAGGUGCUGCGCUGGUUCGCCGAGCGGGUGGACCGCAUCGUGCUGCUGUUCGACGCGCACAAGCUGGAGAUCUCGGACGAGUUCUCGGAGGCCAUCGGCGCGCUGCGGGGCAACGAGGACAAGCUGCGCGUGGUGCUGAACAAGGCGGACAUGGUGGGCACGCAGCAGCUGAUGCGCGUCUACGGCGCCCUCAUGUGGUCGCUGGGCAAGGUGUUCGGCACGCCCGAGGUGCUGCGCGUCUACAUCGGCUCCUUCUGGUCCGAGCCGCUGAUGGUGACCGAGAACCGGCGGCUGUUCGAGCUGGAGGAGGAGGACCUCUUCGCCGACAUCCAGCACCUCCCGCGCAACGCCGCCCUGCGCAAGCUCAACGACCUGGUCAAGAGGGCGCGGCUUGUUAGGGUUCACGCCCACAUCAUCAGCUACCUGAAGCAGGAGAUGCCCUCGGUCUUCAGGAAGGACAACAAGAAGAAGAACCUGAUCUACCAGCUGCCCGUCAUCUUCUCCAAGAUCCAGCUGCAGCACCACAUCUCUGCGGGAGACUUCCCCGACUGUGCCAAGAUGCAGGAGAAGCUGAUGGUCCACGACUUCACCAAGUUCAAGGCGCUGAAGCCGGGCCUGAUGGCGGCGCUGGACGAGCUCCUGACCUCCGACAUCGCCAAGCUGAUGCCCCUGCUCAAGCAGGAGGAGAUGGAGGCGGGGGUGCAGCCGGGGGUGCAGGGCGGGGCCUUCCUGGGCACGCGGGCGGGGCCCUUCCUGGAGGGCGACCCCUUCGCCCAGGCGGAGGAGAACGGGGAGGAGGGGGGCGGCGGCGAGGACGACGACGAGGACUGGGUGGUGACCAAGGACAAGCCCAAGUACGACGAGAUCUUCUACAACCUGUCGCCCAACGAGGGCAAGCUGAGCGGCACCAAGGCCAAGGGCUGGAUGGUGAGCACCAAGCUGCCCAACUCGGUGCUGGGCCGCAUCUGGAAGCUGUCGGACGUGGACCGCGACGGCAUGCUGGACGACGAGGAGUUCGCCCUGGCCAGCCACCUGAUCGAGGUGAAGCUGGACGGGCACGGGCUGCCCCCGGAGCUGCCUGCCCGCCUGGUGCCCCCCUCCAAGCGCCGGCACAAGGGCUCCGACGCCUAGAGAGACCCCGCCCCCACCCUCCUCCCAGCCCCCGCCCUCCCAAACCUGCCCCCCCCGCCUGCGUCUUGCCGCGGGGGGGCUGACACUCAAUCCCCUUCACCCCAAUGCAUUCCCAGCCAGCACGCAAAAAAACACAACUUCAGCACUUUUACUUUUCUCUAAGGCUGUAGUGAACUAUGUCACAACAACAUCUUUUAAACCUUUAUUGUUUUCUUUCAGGCCGUGCGAUGUUAUGGAAACACGAUCGUGUGUGUUUUUUUUUUGGGCCGCACAUGGUUUGUAAAAAUGUUUUUCUGUGUGAUCCGUAUGUGUGGUCCAGGCUAACAGUAUUCCCAUCACAGCAGAAACUUUUUGGGUGUGGGUUUAAAAACACAAGCGAGAGAGAGAGAGAGAGAGAGAGAGAGAGAGAGAGAGAGAGAUGUAGUGAAAGCACUGUGCUACAGUGUUGUUCCUCGCCAUGAACUUGCACAGCCUUGCUGAGCUGUAACUGUGGAAAACAUUCUAAUAACGCUUUGUGCUUUUUUCUCGGGCCUUCUCCGAAUUCCUGCGCCGUGGCGCCAUCUGCCCGUCCGUAACCCCCUGUCCGUGCGUCUCUCCGCCCCCCCCCCCCUCGGUAUUCGGUCAUUCCGAGCGUUCUCCUCGGGACGCUGUCCCGAAAGACGGGCAUCACGGAUACCGUGGGCAGGACGCACUUCGCAUUCCUGUGUGGUUCCCUCUUUACCCUGUCUGCCUAGACCGGGGGGCGUGGCGGGGCGGGGGGGGCACAACCAGGGCUGAUAUAUUUUGGGAUUUGAUGCCCACUUAGUUUUCUGCUCGUAAUUGUUGAAGUGGCCCACCGUUUCUGUGGUCUGACCUUUCUGAUGAAGCCAUGAGCAGCAGCCGCCACAGUCUGUAGACUUGUGCUUGGUGACGAGAACAUUCCACUGUGAUCCGACACGGGCGUGAACAGGCACCGUACAGCCGUUUAGUUAAAAUAAUUCUGGGGAAACCGCUGGGAGGAAAGCCAGGAUAAACCCCGGGCCUCCAGGAAUGAAGGUGUGAGCCCCUGGCAGGGACCCGCUUCCACACACAGCGCCUCCAGCACUCGCGUAUGAACGCCAAAUAUUACAGCGAACCGCUCCGCGCGGCACCAGCUCCGCUACACACUCCUCCAGUGACCUCACUUCCUGUGGGCUUCAGGCCCGCUGUGGAGAAUCGAGUCUGUUUCUGAAUUUAACGCCGACUUCGGCUCUUAAUUAUUUAAUUAGCUCAGUCGUCUAGCCUACGCGAGUGGGCAAUUUAGCUUCGUUUAUCAACAAAGAUGAAGGACAGCUGUUAGCUGUUUUUGUGUUCCAGUAUGAAGUGAAAUGUGUUGCUGGGGUCUACUCUGCGAGUGUGUGCGCCGGUGUGUUGAGCUAGUUUGCUAAUUCAGCCAGGAGUAACUGGGGUAACUGGUGGAAACGCAAAUCGGCAUCCACGCGACACUCUGGAAAUGGAAUUGCCUGUCCCUUGUGAUUGAGUCUCUACAGAGAGACAGGUGGUGGCGUUCAGUCCCCCCCCAAAAAAGUGGAUUAGCGAUAAUGUGAAAUACCGCCAUCCUGGUGCUUCGAUGGCCUCCCGUGGCUAGCAGCCAUGCUUCUCUGAAUGUUGGUUCACCCCCUCCGGUUGGCCUCCCCUUGUGAACACGCACCUGUAUAAACAGGUUGCAGAAUGGGGACAGGUGUGUACCUGAAGGUCAUGAGUCACCCUGGCCAAGAAUAUCGGCAAAUAAAAAUACGUAGCCCCGUGUACAUAAACGACCAGGUUGUCUAAACGUUGCGCUGUUGCACAAUGGGUGUGGUUUAUCCAUUUUUUUGCAGCUAUUGUGUAACAGUCUCCGGACCAUGAUGAGACCCCUCAUCCUGUGGCCUGGUUGCCUAGUAACCAAUCUGCACAUCCAUUUAGACCGGUUCCACACCCAACCCGUCCUGCUUGACCACUGCUCCGUCUCAGAGAAUAUACCUGAAUAUAUAUGUGAUUCUUUUCUCUUUUUUUAUUAUUAUUAUUAUUUUUUCUUCUUCUGAGUAAAAGUUCUCCAUGUAUCUGAAAGGUUGUUUUGAAAUCCCAAGUAACUUUUCUGGACAGGAGUGUUUCAGUUCAGACGCUUCAGGAAAUAACAAACCAAAUAUUGUUACUGACUACUGUAUAAAAACCUCAACAUGGUUUGUGUGUUUACUACCAUUUAUACUCAAUAAACUGUUCUGAUUUUA